AUGGAAAUGAGACCUAUCUACACUGGGGACCUUGUCCCCUCACUUCAAGGGUAUUCUCGGAUUGGGUCCCAAGAUGGAGAAGAGGGAGAUAAAAGAACGUCAUUAGAAAAGGACGAAUCUCUGAAGAAUCAGUCUCAGCUACAACAAGACAAAUGGAACCUUUCAGAUACCAACAAAAAACUGUGGAGUCAAAACAAGGAAUUGUCUGACUCUAGUAUCAAGCUGAGCAGUCUCUCUGCAAAAUACUCUGCACUGCAUGAACACUGUCACUCCACACAUGGGCAUCAUAGCUCCUCAAGACACAGACAUCACGGACAUCAUGACCUGACGGGAAGGGCUUUCUACUUCCCUACGGCCUCUGAUCCUCUCUAUGUCAGACUGAUCCCAGAGAGGCAUGAAGCUCUCACAGAAACCACAGUUUGUUUGAGAUACAGCUCUGACCAGAAUAAGAACAUGUUCCUGUUUUCCAUUUCCACGCCCCAUGAAGACAACGUACUUACUCUCUACAAGGUUCAUCAAGGAGAAUACGCCAUGUCUUUAAAUAAUGAGCAAACAACAUUUAAAGUCAACGAUACUGCCCCGCCAUCAGGCUGGACACAUAUUUGCGUGACCUGGGAGUCAGCUACUGGAUCUGUUCGGCUAUUUGUAAAUGGGAUGCACAGCAGGUACCAAAAGGGAAGCUUGCAAGAGAUCAGUCAUGGAAUGCAAUCCAUUUACCUUGGCCAAGACCCAGCCUCUAGCAGUGGAAAGAAGGGCAGCCAUUACUCUUUCAGUGGCCAGAUAACAGAGGUGUAUGUGGGAGAUACUGUACUUUCUGACUGCGAGAUAAGUGCAUUGAAUGCUGGAUUAGAUGCUCCCUUCGACAGUCUUUUAAGCUGGAAAUCACUGCAAUACGAGAAACAUGACAAAAUCCUCCUCAAACAUGUGAAAGGUAUCUGCUUGUAGUUUCCCUGACAUUAGAUGCAGCAGGUAAAGUAAGAUUUUAUCUUUAAUAUUUUUUUGCUUUGCACCAUUUCAGCAGUUGUAGACAGGUUUUUGACAAAAGAAAUUAGAUAAGAUUUUAAGCAGGGUGCCACUAUGAAAGCCACCAGUGCCUGUGAAAUGCGUCAUUAGCUUAAACACAAGCAUGCAACCUGUGCAUCAUUAACUGACAGAGAAAUUGCACAGGGAUCAAAGGAAUGUUUCUCAACAUGAACCAUAAAGGGUCCGUGUACCACCACCAUGUUAUUUCCUUAUACCAAUCACACAGAUAGAAAACUAUUCCAGAGACAGUAUGUAAAUUGGAAAGGAACUGAAUGUUUGCUGUAUCAGCCUUUAUACAAACAGCUAUUUUAAUAAUUUACACCAAUCACACGAAGCAACGAGAUCUAAAGAGCAAGGAGAGACAUGCGUUAGAUAAUAAUUCCAACAUGUCUGGGGAUUUUCCCUUUAAUAUGACAAUGCUCCAGUGAAGAUUGUAAAACAUAACCAGACUAUUAUUAAAACAGUGUACUUGUUUACUUUGGAAUGUUAAACUAUUGUCUUUUUGAUGACUGUAGAAAUAUGAAAAUAUAUAUUGUGAAAGUCCCUUUUGCAAAAAAGAAGACUCUAAUGAAAAAGCCACCCAGCAUUGUAAUUCUGGGGUUGCUGUUAUUGAGAGGUAUACAUUGAUUUUUGUGCUAAAUGCAAUAAAGCGUACAGAUACUGAACAAAUGUGCUGUUUGUGUUUGAAAAGAAAAUUUAAAGUUUUCCUAAAUUCUUGAAAUAGAUGAAAUCACAUACUCUCAAUUAGUGAAAAUAAGUAUAGAAAGAUUCUAAUUUCUAAAACAUUUGGAAGAACAGAACAUAA